AUGAACACAUUUAAUUAUAUUCGUUCGCCUACUGGUGUACAUGAAGUAGAUGGACCUCCAAAUGACUGCGUCAGUACCGUACGCUUUUCGCCUUCUGGAUGUCCUUAUCUGCUACUUGGCGCGGCAUCGUGGGACAAAACCUGUCGUGUAUGGCAGGUGAUUCAUCAGCCAAAUGCAAUAAAUAUUCGAUCCCAGCCAAUGACGUUUGCUGUGAGCGAUGCACCAAUUUUGGAUAUGUCAUUUUCAGCUGAUGGUCGGGUUUUUUGGGGUGGAUGUAGUAAGACGGCAACAAUGUGGAAUCUAACAACCAACCAGAAAAUAAUUGUUGGAUCUCACGAUCUUCCUGUAAGUUGUAUAGCUCAUGUCAGCUCUAAUACUGGCACGGAAAUGUUGGUUACUGGUAGUUGGGAUGGAAGGUUGCGUUUUUGGGAUUUGAGACAACCAAUGCCUAUAAAGGAGGAAAUUCUGGGUGAGCCUGUGUUUGGUUUGGAUGCGCAAAGAAGUUUUCCUAUGGCUGCUUGUGUGACAGGUCGAAAAGUUCAUAUAUUUAAUCUUCAAACAAUGAUGAAGACAAAUGAGCUUAAACCACCACCUUUGUUAAAGUUUAAUUUGGGAUGUGUUGCAUGUUCUCCCCAAAAAGACGGUGUUGUAGUUGGAAGUUCGGAGGGAAGGCUUUCAUUUAUACCUCUUCAAGCCGAGGUAGGUUGUACGUUCAAGGCCCAUGUCUUGGUGGAGGAUAAUGUCCUAUACAUGCAUCAGACAAAUUUUUGCGUCAUCAGUCCCCGAGUCCCCCAUAUGAUUUCGGGUGGUGGCGAUGGCCGAAUUGGUUGUUGGGACUACAAAAAACGAUCUAUUGUAGGAUAUGGGGAAUCCGAAACAAGAUUAGAAAACCGGAAUAAGUCGAUUUCUGCCGGAGACAUUAGUGCUGAUGGUAGUUUGCUUGCCUUUGCUAGGAGUUACGAUUGGGCAAUGGGUAAAACUGGUUGUAUUCCCAACGAGCCACACAGUAUUCAUAUCCGUUCUGCAGAAUGGAAAUCGGCUUUAUCAUGA